AUGGAUAAUUUUCAUUACUCGCUCUCUGCUGAGCAGCUUCAGAGUUUCCACGAGCGUGGGUAUUUGCUAGUUCGUGGGUUCUUUACCCCCAAAGAAUCGGAGUUGUUGCGAGAAUGGGCGCAGGAAGUCCAUGAUCUUCCAUGUACCCCUGAUGUGCCCUGGAUGCCUUAUCAAGAGGUGAAUGCUCAAGGCAAACGGGUGCUGUGUCGCACUGAAAACUUUGCCAAUUCGCAUGCCGGAUUCGAUAGUUUUCUCCGAGGGCAGCGUGCGAUAAGUCUUCUCCAACAGCUCGCAGGGGAGGAGAUGCUUCUUUUUAAAGAGAAGAUAAACUACAAACUGGCAGGAAGUGGCGGUUUCGAUCCUCAUAUCGAUGCCAAUGCCUACACCCACGUCAAAAACAUCAAGCAUUUGACUAUUCUUGCAGCAGUCGAUGAAAUGAAUGCAGACAAUGGAGGUCUGGAAGUGGUGAGCGGCAGCCACCGCAUGGAUAUUCCUCUCGGCAGCGAUCGCUGCAUUGCGUCGGAUUGGGUCGAAAGCAACGUCUGGACACCGGCUGAGCUCGAUUCAGGUGAUAUCUUGAUUUUUGGCUCGUACUUGGCCCACCGCAGUGGCGCCAAUGUUAGCUCGAAGGACCGCCGUGCAAUUUAUGCAACGUAUAACUGUGCCGCUGAAGGUGAUCUUCACGACCAGUACUAUUCUGACCGCCAAAAGCUCUGGCCUGCAACACAUAUGCGGGAGAGCGGACAGACAUACGAGGAAGGUCGUAUGCGAUAUGCCUUUGGCUCCCCUAUGUUAACUGUGGACUCUAAGGUCAUCCCGGUCUGA